AUGGAAUUUGUUAUUUCUGAUGCAUUGCGUGGAGACGACAGUUCACCAGGCGCCCAUUUUAACUCGUUACUCACAUCAUUGUAUCUCGCCGAUUCUUCGUUGCUAAUCAGCGCUAUAUUAUUUUUCUGUGCUGCGUAUACCUUUGCUAAAGACCACCGAAAAUUUAGGAGACUUAUGGGUGUGCUGGACGAAAGUUCCAAAUCUGAAAAGAGCGAUGCUCCCAGAUAUGAUCAAAGGCAGCUAGCAGAACAAAAGCUGGUAUCACAUUGA